CUUUAAUCAACUGUUAAUAUAACCUAUCUUCUUCGGAUUGGAAGUGUUAGAACUUGGAAAAUCACAGGGAUUGUACGACCGGAUGCUCACAUCAUAUUUUCAUAUAAAAUCACACAAUUUUAACGUAAGCAGCAUUUGGAAAAAGAAUCCAUGUCUUGGAUCAUAAACUCUUUUCGCGUUGUCGCAAGCACAUGGACGCCACAGAUGACACCGGUACGGUUUCGCUAUCACGCGGACAAGAUAGCGAAAGGCCCCUUGAUACGGCGAUACGGAUACGAGGAUCCUAUAGACAUGAGGGGUCUUCUACCACGCAUAGACAAUGCUAAACGACUCCCGAUGCCCAUCUAUCGACCGAAGGACGCUUGGUCCAAGAAGAAGGCACUGUUUGGCCAGAACGACUACAUCGACAUAUUGGGCUCGGAUAAAUUACACCCCACGAGAAUUCUCUACAACGUACCCUCGUGGUUGAGAGGCGUCAGCGGCAACGAAUUCCAGGUCUUACUGAGAAAGAAAAAAAUGUGGUCGAAGGGUAUAUUUCCAAUCGCGAGGCCCACCAAGUGGAGAGACUUGCACAAGAGAAUACGACAUCUCUAUAAGUACUUGAACCGUAAAACUAAAACUGCGUAAGUAGGUCGAACUAAGUUUACGUCUUGGCCGAAAUUUGUUGUACAAAUACACGUAUUUUAAUUUGAUACACAAAUACAACCGCUGUGUUUUCCCUUUAAUAUAGUUUCUGUGAAUAUUCUAUCGGGUCCUUAAAAUUUCUUAUUUUAGGUUUUUAGGACGCAGUUAUUGCGUAUAACGAUAUUAGUUAAGUUAUUAGAUUUACUUACUCUGCUUACAAUAAUUAUAAAAAAUAUAAAAUAAUGAAUUUAUUUAUUGACAAAUAAUAUUAUCCAUCGGAUAUACGAUUAUUUCACAACACUGAAGAACGCAAAAUACUUUUCUCGCUGAAACGCGGACUUUUCAUUUCGUAGAAAGAUAAGAGGGAUACAUGUGUAUCACGGUCACCGUACCGUGUUAUAUACAUAGUCACAAUUGGUAUGUUAACGUCUAACGAUUCAAUGUAUAUUGCGAAACAGAAACGCGUCUGAUGUAGUCUUCCCGAUUAACUAUUGUCAGUUGUAAAUUGAGUAUUGUCCAUUCCCUUAAAAAAUAGUCACAAUUAACCAAUAUUAUCACGACCGCUAAGCUUUGACAAUAGCUGAUUAAAAAAACCUGUUGCUUA